AUGAAAUAUUCGGAUAGAACAGUGAGCAGCAACAAUCGGAAUGAGUUUGGUGUUCCGCUGCAACGCUUUGCGGAAGUGAACGGCCCAUAUUCGCAUCAGGGAACCGGAAACGGGAUCGACUGUUCUUUGAAAAAGGAUUCCCCGAAUUUCCCUGGAUUUGACGCGGGUGUUGGGUUUCCGGCAUUCAAUCAGCAACAGCUUCCGUUGCACUGUGAUUCCUUGGCCAACUGUGAUAGUGGGGCGAUUGACAACAGAUUUGGUGGAAUGAGAGAAGCUGUGCAGCGUGGUGGAGUGUCCAUGGGACAGAUGGAUGGAAGGCAGCCUCAAACUAUCAACAAUUUCAAUGGACAAACAAAUGCUGAAGAAACAUCCCUGAAGCUUAAAUUUGAGGGGAUUCAGCCGGCAUGCCUCAACAAUGUGAGGCCUUUGGUGGCCCACAACGAAGCAAAUAAAGGUGAUACUGAAAGACUGAUGCAGUCUGCGGAGUCGCCUCAUCAGUCCAACUGCGCUGCGAUGCCGCAGCAGCAAGUGAUGCAGUUGCAGUACAACUGCAGUGACGAUCAUGCCAGACCUUGCGCCGUCUGCCAGUUUGUCUCUGUUCAGCGCAUGGAGAGCCAGUUUUCAUGCAUCGGUGGCCUGCGGGACAGGAGCGUGCGGCCGGUGCGGUCCGUGGUGGAAAUCGACCACCGGCCACGCGACUGGCUCAAGAUCGCCAAGGAGUUCAAGGAGAGGGACGUGCGGAGAGUGCGGCUGAGCUUCGGCAAGCAGUACUACGGCCCGCCCAACACGCGGAUUGACUACAACGAUUUCCCGUACCUCAAGUGGCCGCGGCCGCAUCAGUGGACCUUUCCAGACAAGUAGCUUCGUCUGUGCCUGAUGCUGAUUGAUUGAGUGAUGAAUUGAUUGAUUUGUCACGUUCUCUACACGCAUGCGCCCGCGAGUUAUUCGAAACAAAUUCCCCGGGGGAAUAAUGACCGGGAUGAGAGAGAGAGAGUUGUGAUGGUUUUGCUUUCUCAGUUUUGGACUCUCGCUCCAUUAUUAUUUCGGAAAGAAUAAAAAGGGACUGAAAUUUGUUUUUUUUUUCAAGAUAUCACAUGAAGCCGAUAUCAACCAGCAUUGACUUCAUGAAAAAAUGAAAACUGUUUUGGAUUGUGAAUUUGACGCUGGCGAUGGAAGGGGAUUUUUAGAACCCUUCCAGCUCAUGUAUAAAAAAUUUUUGUCUUUUUUCCUCGCCUUGGGGUUGGGACGAUGCAGAGUGAAGUGAUGAAUGUGACAUACAAGAAGCGAGCACAACAACAAAAAGUUGAA